AUGGCAAAUGAAGAUUUCCUGAGUAACAGUUGCCACAAUGCUGUUACAGUGGAGCAUAAAUUGCCAAAGAUAUGUACACCUAGGUUCUUAACAAGUGAGAAAACCUUCUACCACAUUCUUCCCUUCUUGUUGGCUGUUCAUGAAGUCAACCAGAAUUCAAGGCUCUUACCCAACAUCACCCUGGGCUACAACAUCUAUCAGAAUUUUGUCAAUGCAAGAAUGACAUAUGAGGCCAUGCUGGAUGUGCUGUCUACAGGACAGGAGAAUAUCCCAAACUACAGAUGUGGAAGACAAAAGAACUUGCUGGCUAUUCUUGAAGAGAUGAAUUCUGAACUCUUUGAUCAUAUUUCCAAUGUCUUGAGCAUCUAUAAAAUUCCACAGAUCAACUACAGUGUCAUCAACCAGAUGGCUGAGCAAAAUCAUCGUUUCACUUUUUCAUAUCGGAUGACCCCAAACCAAGAACCUCCUUACUCAGCGAUUGUCCAGCUGCUCCUGCAGUUCCAAUGGACGUGGAUAGGCCUCCUUUCUCAGGACAAUGAAAGAGGAGAAAAAUUCAAAAGACGCUUGGAAGUUCUUGCCUUAAAAAAUGGGAUUUGCACUGUCAUCUCAGGAACUGUCCCAGAACUCCAUACGUUCCUGAGGAACUUCCAAAAUCAAAAUAAUUCCAGAGAUGGGAUUUCUUUUGAUGAAAAUGGAGUUCCCGUUGGUGAUUUUGAUAUCAUGCACUGGACAUCAGUUCGGAACAAAUCAGAUGAAGGGGUGAAAAUUGGGAGUUGUCCAGAUGACCAGUAUUCCAAUAAGAAGCGGGAUCAGUGUGUCCCCAAAAGCGUAACCUUCUUAUCCUAUGAAGAAUCAUUGGGACUCAUCCUGACUUUCCUUGCCAUUGCUUUGUCCCUAACCACUGCCUUUAUUCUGGGAAUCUUCAUUAAACACCAAGAAACUCCCAUAGUCAAAGCCAACAACCGUGAACUCACCUAUGUUCUCGGGGUUUCUCUCCUGUUUUCUUUCUUGACCUCCCUUCUAUUCAUCGGUCGCCCCAUGAAAAUGACCUGUCUCUUUCGACAAACCAUAUUCAGUAUUGUUUUCUCUGUUGCCGUAUCUUCUUUGCUGGCCAAGACUGUAAUGGUGGUGGUGGCCUUCCUGGCUACAAAGCCAGGAAGCAUGAUGAGGAAAUGGCUUGGGAAGGGUCUGGCCCACUCGAUUGUUUUAUCCUGCUCUGGUAUUCAAGUAGGCAUCUGUAUGACAUGGAUGGGAAUCUUUCCCUCCUUCCCAGAUUCUGACUUUCAUUCCCAGCCAGAACACAUCCUGCUGCAGUGCAACGAAGGUUCAGUGACCAUGUUCUACACUGCCCUUGGCUACAUGGGUUUUCUGGCUGCCAUCUGUUUCUUGGUGACAUUUCUGGCUCGAAAUCUGCCAGGGACCUUCAAUGAAGCCAAACUGAUCACCUUCAGCAUGCUGGUUUUCUGCAGUGUUUGGAUCUCCUUUGUCCCCAGCUACCUGAGCACCAAAGGGAAAUACAUGGUGGCUGUGCAGAUCUUCUCCAUCUUGGCCUCCAGCCUAGGUUUAUUGGGUUGUAUUUUUGUUCCCAAGUGCUACAUUAUUACACUGAGACCUGACAUAAACACCAAGGAA